AUGAACGAGAUGAAUAAAAAAGAUAUCGAAGCCUACCUAGUUCGCAAAGGAUGUGAAUGGAUCUUCAAUCCUCCGCACACAGCUAAGAUUUAUUCCUACUUAAAUAAUAAUUAUGAAUAUGUGUGCAGUUUAAUGAAGUAAAAUUCAUCAACUUAAGUCCUAAAGGGGGUUCUUUUUCAAUGGUUUUAGACCCAACUCUCAACGGUGAAAAUAUGCGAUUCUGACUAACAUUUUUUUAUCGGAUUAGUAUUUGCUCAUUUUUUAUCCAUUUGGCAUGAAGAAGAUAUCAUUCAACAGCUAAAAGCAUGAUCUUUCCGAAUGUGAAAAAAUAUCGUUCAUACGCUGAGUAAUUCAGAUACAAUAGCGCGCGGAAGUUCGAUUACCUUUUUUUUUAUACACCCUGUAUAAGCAUCCUAUAAUAAUGAUAAUUUGACGAAUGAAUGAGUCAAUAAAAUAUUCUCUAUUCGUAUUCCAGGUGCUGGAAGCGGCAAACAAGACGAGUUGGACAAGACAAAAUCUCCACUAACUACACAAACAGCUCCGGGCAGUGGGAAAGAAAACGUAGCGAGAAAUCUAUUUGAUAAGACGAGCUUAGAUGAUAAUGAAGGCAACAUUGUUCCUGAACGAGGAGAGCCUGAAGGCGAGAGUAAACAACCUGUUGUCACUGCUCAAAGACAGGUAUGUUUAAGAGGCAUUUUUUUCGCUGUGGGAUUGGUUGAGAAGGGACGAAUUAUUGGGGAAAGAGUACAGGAUGGAAUUAAAGGAUGCAGGCCCAUAUUACGAAAGGACUUAGGUAAUAUGGGCCUGCAUCAUUUUUUAAUCGCUAAAUUCUACCAUCAAAUCAAAAACCUUGCUUGACCGUAUUUGACAACCAUCAAUGUCGCGUACUUGCGAUGAAAAGUGUUCAAAGCCUAAAAUCUUUUUGGCGUUCCUCUCAAGAUUACUUUGUUUUAUCUUUAUUCUCUAGUUUAUACAGUUAGCAACCAUUUUAAAUGUAUCUGCCGGUUGAGAAACAUAGAAUAAUAGGAAAAAUUUGUUUAAAAAUACGAUUAAUAUUUUUGCACAAGUAAACAUAACAAAUCCCACAAGUUGAUUGGUCAAAUUUGACGAAUUAAGCUGUAAUAUUCACCUACAGGUGAAUAUAACACAACCGAAAUGUUCAAAAUGGCGGUUAGCCGUUUUGUGGACAUUAUACUGAUAAAGGAAUAAGCGAAAUUCAAAUAAAUUCAGUCCCAAAGAACACAAAAAUACUGAAACAAUUAUUCGCCUCAGGCUCGGUGAUUAUCGGGGAAUAUUCACCUCGACUUCGUCUCGGCGAAUAUUCCCCGAUAAUCACCUCGCCUUCGGCGAAUAGUUGUUGAUUAUCAGAUUCUUUAAAAAUGAUUGCAUGGCAAUAUAAGCAAACCUUACUGAACUUCAGACGUCAUUUUCUCUUUGGCGUACCAUCUAAAAUUUCUACAUUUUAGGUCCUUUGUUGAUCAUUGGCAGGGCGUUACACCAUCUGCAAUAUAGCAGUUGAAAUUACAAGAAUUUUAAAAGAUUUUGGAAAUUUUUUUCAUCGACCUCCCUCCCCCCAUUUUUUCCCUUCCGUUAUGCCAUCUGGAAAUUAACUCUUCGACAUUGUGUUCUAUCGAAGGAGAUAGCCAAAUUAUAGAUAAUUUAAAGCGAGGGUUUUUGGUGAUCAUGUGAUGCAGAAAUUCUCUUUUUUGUUUUUCAAAAUACAUUUUUGUUUUAUUUAGGCUGCAAUUGGAAAAUCAGAUAAAGACACCCCUACAGCAACCAAUGUUUCAACAAAAACUCCAUCCCCACCAAAAACAAGCAGUCCCAGUAGCACCACUGCAACAAAACCUUUCAUGACCAGCUUCAAUUCACCAUUCUCUACUGGUCCUUUUGUUUUUGGACCCGGAGACAUAAAACCAAGCUUUGGCGCUGUUUCAACACAAGUAUCCACCACGCCACCCGUUUCCAAGGCAACCACGGAAUCCAGUCCCCCAGAGCGCAACCCAGUUAAAACACAACCCGAAUCACAACCUGCCCAAAGGCUGGCAGCCCUUGGAUCAGGACUGACUUUAAACCCACCUCCUUUUGCUGGUGUUUUUAACUCAGCUUCAUCCCUUCCCGACCCCACUUCCCAAACCACGACUCCUCCCCUUGCAGCAUCGCCUCCGAUACAGACAAAUAUUACUCCUCCGAGCACUGCAGGUAUGUAAGAUACUAUUAUGCUGUUAUACAGUCUGUGAAAAUUUGUGCCAUUGCUUGUCGACCGCCCAGCAGCGCUACCCAGAUCUGGAUUCUGAUUGGUCAAGACUGAAUUUAAUGAAUUCUGAUUGGCUGAACUUAAAUAUCAACGACCGUUGGACUUUGAUUUUCAAAAUCGAAAUAUUAUUUUCUUUACACUUGAUUUUCAUUGUAAAUUUUACUGUUGUUUAUGCUUCAAACUACUAAAUUUUCGUAAUGUCUACAAAAAUGUACUACAGAUUAAUAUGAUAUGUAAUUAAAUAAGGAGUUGAAAAAAAUAACGGCAAAUCCUGAGCGUGAUGUAAUUUGUUUACGCGUUAUUCAAAGUCAGAACUUUGUUGACCAUUGAACUCAGCCAAUCAGAAUCCACUGCGUUUAACUGUGACUAAUCACCACGCCAUGCUAGGAUUCACGCCAUGCUAGGAUCACCCUAUACAACGCUCUUAUAUUACCUAUUUUGGACUAUGCGGAUAUUGUCUGGGGUAAUAAAGAUAACAUCACGUUAAUGAACAAGCUACAAAUAGUCCAGAAUAAAGCAGCCAAGACUAUACUUGAUUUGCCAAUGUAUGAUUGGUCGACUGAGGCCGUAAGUACUUAGGAAUUCAAGCCGCUCGGUGAAAGAAGAUUCGACGUUGUCUGUUAGUACACAAAGAUAAAGAAUGAUCAAAUUGAAUUUGACUUUGUACUAAAUAGUGACGUUCAUCAGUACAACACAAGAAGAAAAAACGAUUAUAACCUUCAGAGAGUAAAAACUAAUUGGGGCAAACAAACUUUUAGUUAUCUGUCCCUUAAUGACUUUAACACUCUACCAUCUGCUGUUAAGGAUACUAACUUUUUAAGUACUUUUAAAUUACAUUUUAAGUAGCUACCUAUGUAGCUACGGUGACUUUUGCAACGUAGAACACUAAUUUUUAGCAUAUUUUAUAGGUAAAUUUUUGCUAUUUUAUAUUGUAUGAUAUCUAUUUAUAUAUUGUAUUGUAUUGUAUUGUUAAUGUGUCUUGAGCAGGGCCUCAUUGAAAAACUCCUCGGAGAUAUGGGCACCCUGAUUAAAUAUCAUCAUCAGAAUCGACUACCCAGAUCUGGGUGGCGCAGCUGGGGAUCACGAAUGCUACAGACUGUAUUUUUAGAUAAUACAGCACCGCAAACUAAAUGACCAAAAAUAAUAAAAUAUUGUCUUAAGAGUAGGGGAACAUUGCGUCCUACUAAAAGGAGAUAGCAUAACAUUAAUCUGAGAUUUACAAUUGCAUUUAUAGAAAAAUAGUUUAAUCACAUUUUUUAUGUUCAUUAUUGCAGCCUCUACAACCCCAACUCUCGCAUCGACAACAACAACAACUGCAACUUCAAAUCCAACUGCAUAUUCAAAUCCAACAGCAACCAAGCCAGCAUUUGGAUCGACAGAAGUUAAACCACCUCUUGAAGAACCAAAACUUGACUUAAAUUCGCCAGCCGAAUCAAGCGAACCUGCCGAUGAGGUCAACAAAAAACUCACAUCAGACGUGAGUACGAAUGCCAAUGUAGUGACUGCAAGUCAGCCCAAUACAGCAAUACAACCUGCACAGCCCGCAAGUUCAGCUGAGCCUUUCAGUUUUGGAUUUGGCGGGAAUUCUGCUACCACGUCAGCUCCUAUAUUUGGUACCAGUACCUUUGGGUCGACAGCGCCGUCAUUUCAAGCAACACAAAGUAAGGCUGACACGCCUGCAAGUAAUUUUACACCCACAUUCGGAUCAUCGCCGUUUGGUGGUACUUCACAGAAUACGGGAGGUAAGAUAUUUUUCUUUUUAGCUAGGCUUUGUUCACGGGCUAAUGGAUAAAUUUGGCCAACUUUGUUCACAUGAUUGCUACCCAAUUCACAAAUUUAGUUUAUUCACAUGCCUAGUAACUAUUGUUUUAGUUUAGAGAUGCACAAAAUUGGACAAAGGUACCUAAGCUUUGAACGAAAUAUAUCCAAAAUUGUGUUUAAAAUGCCGAUAAUAAAAUGUUUCUAUCAUAAAUUUUUCUAUGGCCAAACACCGAAAGAUCUCACUGGCUUGUGUGAAAUAAUAUAAUAAUAAUAAUAGAAAAAGUGAUUGAAAUACGACCUAAGAAGAAAACUGACAUUUGUUCUGCCAAGACCAAAGACCGACUAUUUGAAAAAAGUCCAUAACAUUCAAGGCAGUUUCUUUGUGGAACUCGAUGGGCAAUGAAACAAGAACCAUUAAUGACUUAAAUACUUUUAAACGCUCAUUCAAAGAUGUUAGGUUUUAAAUGGAGCAUUUGAAAUUGUAAUUGAUAUAGUUGUGUAAUUUAAGUCAUUUAUGUAGUAUCAAUUCAUGUUCAUAUCUAUACACGACCACAUCAGCUUUGCUGUAGUUUUUAUCGUGUGAAAAUAAAUGCUUUGAUGUACUAUUUAAAACAUGAGCAGCAGCGUUUAUCAGAUAUAAAGAUACGAGGCGAAGCCGAGUAUCUUUAGGUCUGAUAAAACACGCACUGCGAAUGUUGUAAAUUGCUUCAAAAACGAUCGAUCUAGUAAGUUCAUUGCCGUUAGCAAUUUUCAAAAAACACGUUGGUUAAGUUGAGAAAAUCAAAGUUAAAGUUUAUGUAAAUCAAGGGAAAUCUCUAUCACAUAUAAAGAUACGACACGCUUAUGAUUUUUCUUUGUGUUUUCCUCAUGAAGUAUUAAUGAAUUUUUGAUUGAUUGAUUGAAAAUCAAGCCGCACACGCUCGAAAAUUAAAGAAUUUGCUCCCCCCUAAAAGACCCUGCACUUUUACAUUUCACCACCUCCUCGUCCCUCUUUCGUGAUGCCCCCCUCCCCCUUAAUUCUUAAAAGAGGCCGUGUCUAAUUUGACUCCUAAUAUAUUUUUAUAUAAGUUCAACUUCGUUUAUUUUGUAGGAUUUGGCAUGGCCAACGUCAGUAUACCAAGUGAAACAAAACCAGGUGCCUUACAAUAAUAAUGUUUUACAAAUCCAUGUUUCCGUUUGGUCGUAACGGUCGUAAAGACAGAGUGACGAUCGUUCUCAUCUGCCAGAUCUAAUAGUUUCUUGCCUGUAAAUCACAUAUAAAUCAUAAGUAUUCUCUAUUUAUAAUCACUGUACUUAUUUUCAUUCCUAAGCUGUUGUAUUUUGGCUGUUGAGAAAGAUCGUGACUCGUAGCGACCGUUGCGACCAUAAGGAAACCAAGUUUAAGAUAAAAUCAUUCCAGACCUGCACUCCCCAAGAUUUUCAAGCUUCCAUAUUCACUCUGCGAGGAAAACGAUAUUUUGUAAAUCGGAUUUUUGACCUUGUUGGCUUCUUCUGAAGCUUUCUUCUUAACACACUGCUAAUGGUAAGUUGGGCGAAAAACAAUAAACACGUGACGACUAAACCGACCAUUUCUUGCAAAAAAACAAGACCAAAACAUAGAUAAUGAGGUAAAUUAUAUGUGACUACCUAAAACUUGACGACUGACGAGUAUGAGCCUUGCGAUCAUCGUCUUCCCGUCGCUUGGUCGUUCCGCGUGUCUCUGGUACCUUUCAAGGCGAGGCUGCUCGGGUGUUCAACGAUCUUCCCGAAGACUUUCGGAACUGUACUAACUUUAGAGAGUGUUGCCGAAAUUGUUUCGCUCAUUUCAGGGACUUAACAAUGAACAAAAUUAGUAACAUUUCGUAACAUUUAGUCUGCAAUACAAUGUGUUUAUAAUGUAUCCAUUAUACGUCUGUAAUAUACUAUAAUAUUAUAGUAAUUAUUUAAAAUUCUGUCAGAAUAUAGCAUAAUAGCCACAAUAUGGAAAUGCUAUUAAACCAUUAUUAUUUAUUAUUAUUACUAUGAUUCAACUUGUAAAUUAUAAAAGUAAGAUUACUUUUUUCGUUCAAAUAGCAUCUGGUUUCGGAGGUGGAUUCUCAGGUCUUGGUGGUAAACCGAUAGAGCCUAACAGAAAUCCGUUUGAAGUGAAUCCAUCGCCUCAAAGCUCAGGUUGGCCUAUUAUUGAAAAUCAUUGUGCCGUUUAUGGGAAAUAUGAAUAUUAAGAAGAUUAAGAUCUAAGGGGUUUGGCGGAGAUUUGUUUAAUUAUGUUUGUGUUUUCUAGAUUCGAGCUUGUUUGGAAAUGCUGCUGCCACGUCAAGCCCUAACCCAUUUCAAGUAAGGUUUUUCAUACGCGAAAGUCGUUAGAAAACUUUAGAUUUUGCUUGAAAAUGCUCGCCAUCUUCUUACGCCAUAGACAAAUUUCGCUAACGAUGUUUACACCCACAUCAUAGCUUUAGGUUAUACUCACACACCCAUAGUGUUUGACACAUGCACUAUUUGACUAUCUCGUGUUUGCUAAGGUUUUAAAAGCUAUGAAAAUCUCUAUUUUUAUAUCAUUUGUAGAGUCCGGGAUCAAAGCCAGUCUUUGGUUCGACAGGUAUGUUGGAAUAUCUUUCUUAGAUAUAUUAUAGUUUUCAGAAAAGAGAAACAUUUUUUUUCUUUUUUUUGUUAUACAUUUAAGCGUCUUAAUCUAGUCUGUCAAGAUAUCAUGCUCUGGAAGCUCCGGCAAACUUCACAGCUACAAAAUAGAAGAGCUUUGUUUGAUGUUGAACUGUGCCUCACCGUGCACAAAUUCUUUCUCUCAACUUCAUUAAAUAUUAUUCAUCGUGGUUGUACGUUACGUUUCGUCUCAGCUAUCCCUAUUGGACGGUUACUUAAUUAUACGAAAAUACAAUGAGCUGAAUCACUGUGAACGUGCACAAAUUAACAUAAGCUCAGACAAAAACAUAAUACAAUGACUUCUGUUUAGUUUCCAGACCAUCGUAUCCCUUAUGUGUGACCCUUGUUCGCGCCAAGCGAAUAGUCCAUCUGAAAUGGCCUAUCGAACAACAAAUGUCGUCAUUGUGUUUGGGAAAAUAUUUGGCUAUACCGAUUGUACUCUUUGCGCCAAUUUUUGCGGACUAACGCCAGUAUUCUAAAAGCUCACUCACACUCAAUGAGUGGAGGUUCAAUCGGAGCUUGCCGCUAUUAGUCCAUACCUCAUUAAUGAUCUGCCUCCAGACCUAUGUGCCUAACCCACCCUGUCAACUUUCCCUGUGGGAGGAAACACGGAGUGCCCGGAGAAAACCCACGACUUUCGGUAGAGCGUUGACUUUUACUCUUUUCACAUGAGGACUGGGUUCGAGUCACAUUGAGAAGUUCUCACUGAGAUUCGAACCUGCGACCUUAGAGGUGAAAGGCAAGUGCGCUAACCACUUGGCCACCGAAGCUCCAGCUAUUCAAAAACAGCAUUGACACUCAAGAGAAGCUCAGAUUGAACCUCCACUCAUUGCGUGUGAGUGUGAGUGUGAGUCAGCUUUUAGAAUACGGACGUAAGAAAGGCUUAAGAACGGUUUUAAAAUGUGUCUGUUAGGUUUUGGUGCAAGCCCUGGGAACACUGGUGUUGGAUCAACUGGAUUUGGAACGCCUUCAGGUAAUGAGUGUUGUACUAUGGGUUGAGAUAAAACACGGAUGCGGAAUUACGAAAUUGUGGAAUUCUGAGCGCAAAAAGGGGAAAACGCGGAAAAGGUGAUAAAACGCGGACAAUUAUGAAAAACUGACUGAACAUCAGACAUCAUUUUCUUUUUGACGUACUAUUAUUACUAUUAUUAGUAGUAGUAUUUACAUUUAUUAGAUUUAUUUAUUUACAACACACGGUAGCCAUUCGUGCUCGUUGUCUACAUAAGUAUUACAAUUAUAAAAAAUUAACAUCAAUACUAGAACUUUUACAAAGUUAAGAAGUGGAGAUUAGUUAUCUAGAUAUAUUUCAAGGAAUUAUGAGAUAUAGAGUAAACGUUACUUUGAAUAUGAUCAUAUACACUAUUCCAGCAAGAAAAACUUCUCUUGCGGAAGUUGGUUUUGGCCUUCUCGUGGAUUAUUGCGUCAAAUAAUUUGGUGCUGAACCUUUGGCGUACUAUCUCAAUUCCCUUAAUUUUAGCAUUAUUUUAUAGAUCUUUAUCUAAAAUCGUACCAUCUAAAAUUUCUUCAUUUGCAUUAUUUAACAGAUAAAUACUUUUAACAUAUUUUUAAGUGUGUUUACCGCUUGACAAACGUAUCAAAGACAGACAAAUUUGAUUAUAGUCAUACCAAAUGCAAAAGUAUACAGCAGCGUACAGUUUCGUGUUCAUUGACAGUGAAAACAAUCAAUUUUUAAAGUGCCUAUGACACGAAAUUUCACCCCAAAGGUUUAUGGUUGCAUUGUAAAGAUCACUUAAAAUCAGUUAAUAAUUUCUUUUAUAGAAUUUUGGUAACUUGCUUCCUUUUCAAGAUAUUCAACUUUGUUUCGUAUGCAAAUAUCACCGGUGUGACAUCACAUCACAUAAUGAGUUUUCAGAAAAGUAUAGUUUUCAUGAUGAAUACGUAUCUAAAAAACUUAAAAAUUGCCCUUGUAUAUGUAUUUGUUUCAUAACUGGUCAUUAACCCUCUGUAUUUGUUUGUAAAAAUAUUUUAUCAAGGUAAAAUAUUGCGUUUUCAAAAUCUCAUGCUAUGUGAUGUCACACCGGUGAUAUUUGCAUAUAAAACAAAGUUGAAUAUCUUGCAAAGGAAGCAAGUUACCAAAAUUCUAUAAAAGAAAAUAUUAAGUUAUUUUAAGUGAUCUUUACAAUGCAAUCAUAAACAUUUGGGGUGAAAUUUCGUGUCAUAGGCACUUUAAAGAAAUGAAUAAUGAUGAUAAAUUUGAAUUUGCAUUGCGGGACUAAAUUGUCGCGCUGGCUACGCCACUGAAAGUAUAUUCAUUAGUUCUGACCACGCGUUACGUAACAUGUACAAAAGAUUCUUCUUUUAAUAAUCAUAUACAAGUUUUAUAUGUUUAGCCGCUGUGCCGUCGUUCGGCAGUCCGCCUUCAUUUGGCUCAAAUCCUACCUUUGGUGGUAACCCUACAUUUGGUGGUAAUCCUUCCUUUGGCGCCGCCCCCGCGUUUGGUGCUGCACCCGCAUUUGGUUCGCCUCUUUCAUUUGGUGGAGCACCCGCGUUUGGAUCUGGAGCUGGUGGGACAACUUUUGGUGGUAGUCCUUCCUUUGGGAAUACUGCCAGCAGUCCUUCAAGGUAUGACUAGUGUCAUUUGUUGUGUUGAGGUACGGUGUGGUUUGAUAUGGUGUCGUAUUGUGUUGUGAGGUAUGGUAUGGUACAGUAUGCUGUAGUGUUGUAUGGUGUGAUAUGAUUAGCAUACCACACAACACUAUACUACACCAAAGGUGCCGUAUAAUGUGGUAUAGUAUGGGAUGCUAAUUUGUGGUAUAUGAUAUGUUGUGUGGGUAUGCUGUGGUGUGAUAUAGUUGAGUAUAGUGUGGUAUGUGGUGUGGUAUGCCCUGGUGUUAUGUACUAUGGUAUGAUAUGGUGUGGUACAUGAUAUGGUAGAGUAUAAUGUAGUAUUGUAUUGUGUGGUAUCAUGGCUUAGGUUGUAUACGUUUCAAGCACGGUCGCAUACGCUGGCAUACGGCGAGGCAGAAAAUUUUUUUUAAGCAAGUUCAAAAAUUUUGUGCGUAUUCAGACGUAUGAUUUAUACGAUAAGCAUACUCUAGGCACACGCUGAAUACGCUAGAGGUACGCCAGAUGUACGGUACUCAUACGUGGCAUUUCAAAAAAUUUUUGUGCGUAUGAAAAUUAUUUCAUUAAUUUUCAUAUGCUUCUCAUACGUUUCUCUCAUACGCAAUAGUGUGACAGGGCCUUAACCAGGAAUAGUUGCGGAAAAUUCAACUUUAUGUCCCUGACAAGAAUCGAACCUGCAGCCCUGCGAUUCCAGUGCAGCGCUCUAACCAACUGAGCUACAUAAUUUCCAUCGAUAAUUUCCAUCAAUAACACCCGUCAACUAUGGUAUAUAUGGUGUAGCGAGAUGGCAUGGUGUGAUGUGAUAUGGUAUGGUAGAAUGUCGUAUUGGUAUGUGCUGUAAUGUGUGGCGUGGCUAUUUUAUCAGGUCAAAUUUGUUUAUCCUAUGUAGGGUUUUUGGAUCAGGAACGGAAACAGCAGGCGUGUUUGGGUAAGCCGAAACUUCAAACUGGGAAAUUAUUUUUAGUCGGGUCUAACAGAUUAAUUCUGGUUAAAAUAUAAGGUUUAACCAGUUAAUCAUCAUAAAACAUUGUUUAUUUCUUUACAGUAAUUCAUCUUCGACUCCGUCAUUUGGUUCGCUAUCGUCCCAUUCAAGCAUGCCUUCAUUUGGCGGUUUUGCUGACGGACAAAAUGCUGCUGGUAUGAACCAGGGACAAGGUUUCGGCCCAUCAAUGUAAGUAUGAUUUAAUGAAAUUCGACCACUACCAAAAAUACACAACAUGUAGCGCCAGAGAAUAUGUCACAGUAACACCCAAUCACGGAGAACCCUUAAUUGCAUAAGGGACGGACCAUUAGAAAAGUGAUAAGGGGGGUUUUCUAAGAGGCAAUACUUUUUUUUGUACACCUAUAGAAGAAAUUUUUUUUCUUACUUGAUGGCUGGAAAUUUUUUUUAAGUGCAAUUUGGAAAAAACAUGCACGAGUGAGUUUUUCAAAGUCUUUGAAAAACUCACGAUUAGAUGUUUUCCCAAAUUGCUCGAGAAACCAUACUAUUAUUUGUUAAUAAUACACAUGAAAAGUUUACGCGCUUCGAUAACACCUGUGCACUCACCCCCAUCAAACUGUUCUUAAAGCGUUCAAUAUUAGUUUUGGGCAAUUGACUUGUUCUUUGUCGUAAACGCAGCGACGAGUCCUUGGCCGAGUCCUUGACGAGUCCUAAUUUUAAACUCUGUCGAGAAAUCCAACUCCUAAAAUUUGUCUCAAGUCAUUUUGCACGCGAUUGUAGGUUCAGUUGAACGCUUUUCGUCGCAAGUACGUAACAUAGAGAAAAUAUAUGCUCUUAAUUUAUCUUCUUUAGGUCAGGAUCCUCGUUUUCUUCGUAUCGAUAAUAAAGACAUUAAAGAAAUGAUAUGGCAUCAUAAGUACAUCUAAUAAAUUUUCUAGGUUUUUUUCUGAGAUUUGUUAUUGUUGUGUGUAAUUAAUCCGCAAGUCGCAUGCACGCAUAAAAUGCUCACAACUGGUCAACAAGAUGUGUUCGCAAUAGGCUUGCAGCAAGCUUGCCAACAAGUUGUAACAAUGCUGUUAUUUUAUCAACUUGCUACAAGCCUCAAAGUUCUUGCUCACAACUUGUUGAGAAAUUGUUGAAUUGCAGGACGAUAGUCUGCUAUCGCAGACUAAUGCGAUAGCAGACUUGUUGAGAAAUUGUUGAAUUGCAGAACGUUAGUCUGCGAUAAGACUAAUGCGAAUAUUGCACAAAUAGUCAUGUCGCCAACAUCACAUGACGUCAUAUGAGCUCGGCUGAGAAUUUUUGCGCUCUUUUUUUUGUUUAUUUUGACUUGCUUAUAACAAAAUAAGGCUCGUGCAAUGUUGAAGUCAACUUUAAAGUCAUGGGGCAUAUAAAAAGAGUCCGUCAACGCUCUGCCGCAAGUCGUGGGUUUCUCCGCGGGUGAUCUGGUUUCCUCCCACAGGGAAAGUUGACAGGGUGGGUUAGGAUAAACACAGUUAAGAAAGUAAUAUCACAAUUGUUGUAAAGAUAAAAUAGUCUAGGCUAAGUAAGUGAUUAGGUAAGCUAAUGCAUAUAUGGUGUAAAGCGCAUUUGAUUAUAUCUACAUUUGCUUUAUAGAAAUCGUAAUCGUAAAGUGUUUCUAGUUACACUUGAGUCAGUCAGCCUUUCUCACGAUGACGAAUAUGACAUGGCGGGAGCACGCGGAAUCAGCUGGAGGGGAAGUAAUGAAACGAUUAGGAUUGUCAUCUCGAAUUAGAAACUCUCUAACACUUGGGACAUCAAAAUGUGUCUAUAACACUAUAACAUUACCAAUAUUUGACUAUGCUGAUAUAAGUUGGGGAGCGAUGUUUGACAAACGUGCGAUAGUGAAAUGUAAAGAUUUCAAAAUAGAGCGGCACGCAUUGUUGUUAAAAGUAAUCGCGCAGAAAAUUGCUUCCCUUCGCUCAACUGGCUCCAUCUUUUGACACGGAGAAAAGUUCAUAUAUGUAUUUUAAUUUAUAAAAUUCUAAAUGCAGUAUUGCACCAACUUAUCUUGAUAAUUAUUUUGUCAAAAACGUUAAUAUUCAUAAUUUCAAUACAAGACGUAAGGAGAAUUUUGUAUUACCCAGAGUAAAUAGAGAACUUGGUAAGAAAACUUUUAGGUUUCAAGGGGCAAAAGACUAUAAUGAGCUACCACCUGAAAUUAAGAAUUCUCUAUAUUAACUUUAGCUAGUUUUAAAAGUAGAAUUAAACAGCAUUAUAUAUCUGAACUGUAAAUAUGUUGGAAUUAGUUUGGAUUAGACAUAGGAUUGCAUAUUUUAUGUAUUUAGCUAAUAAUAUGCAGGGCCUCUAUGGAUAACAGCUUAACAGCUGAUGGGCUACCCUGCCAGCUGAUGGGCUACCCUGCUAAAAUAAAGUCACAACAACAAUAUCCGCCAUUUUUGGGUGGCAUCUAAUUCUCGUUAACCAAUGCAGACAAUUAAAACAAUGUGAAAAGCAAUUUUUCAAAAUUAAUUAACCAUUACAAAGCAAUUUGACCCUCACUGGCCCAAAAAAUGAUAAAAAGUCGCUGUUAUGUGGACUUAUCCCGCAGACUUCGGCCGAAAAGCCACUCAAAAAUGGCGGCGUGAGAAAGGC